GAGGAGCUGUGGGUCCAGUCAGUCUUGGAGAUGCCGAAGAGACGAGACAUCCUGGCUAUCGUGCUGAUAGUUCUGCCCUGGACGCUACUAAUCACCGUCUGGCACCAGAGCACCAUUGCUCCACUGCUUGCAGUGCACAAGGAUGAUGGUGGUGACUCCCGGCGUGAUCUCGCUGCAGGCUUGGACUCCAAGGAAUACUGCUUGUCGGACCGGGACAUUGUGGAGGUGGUGAGGACAGAAUAUGUCUAUACACGCCCACCCCCGUGGUCAGACACCCUUCCCACCAUCCACGUCAUUACACCCACCUACAGCCGGCCCGUCCAGAAGGCAGAGCUGACGCGCCUGGCCAACACCCUGCUGCACGUCCCCAACCUGCACUGGAUCCUGGUGGAGGACUCGCAGCGGCGCACGCCGCUCAUCACCCGGCUGCUGCGGGACACGGGGCUGAACUACACCCACCUCAACGUGGAGACACCUCGCAACUACAAGCUGCGGGGAGACAUGAGGGAUCCCCGCAUCCCCCGGGGGACCAUGCAGAGGAACCUGGCCCUGAGAUGGCUGAGAGAGACCUUUAACAAAAAUAACAGCCAGCCUGGCAUCGUUUACUUCGCCGACGAUGACAACACCUACAGCCUGGAGCUCUUCGAGGAGAUGCGCAGCACCAGGAAGGUGUCGGUGUGGCCAGUAGCCUUCGUCGGCGGCUUGCGCUACGAGUCGCCCAAAGUGAACGCUGCGGGGAAGGUCUACGGCUGGAAAACCGUGUUCGACCCGCAUCGGCCCUUUGCUAUAGACAUGGCGGGGUUCGCUGUGAACCUCAGGCUGAUCCUCCAGCGAUCUCAGGCUUACUUCAAACUGCGAGGAGUGAAGGGGGGCUACCAGGAGAGCAGCCUGCUCCGGGAGCUGGUCACCUUGAACGACCUGGAGCCGAAAGCUGCCAAUUGCACUAAGAUUUUAGUCUGGCAUACGAGGACAGAAAAGCCUGUGCUGGUGAAUGAGGGGAAGAAAGGAUUCACAGAUCCCAAUGUGGAAAUCUGACUGUGCACGGCUGGGCAGAGACCAACACCAGAAGAUUUCUUCAUGCACAGCCUACAAGGUUCCUCUCCACAGCAUACAGCCAGCCAGACAUGCAGUAGCCAGGACCUCUGCUGACUUCCAAGAGUUUUAGUGUACUGAAAACAAGCAACACUGCAUACAUAAACUACCCGGAUUCCCCUGCCCUUCCUCCUGGACUCUGAGCAGAACCAGAUGCUCUGGAGGUGGAAGAAAAAGCACAGAAAAUACAAGACUGACAUCGACUUCUGUACAAGACCAGCUGCCUCGGGAGCUGCUCGGUUUGGGAGAAGCGCAUGCAGGGCAUGAUGCACCGAAGACGUGGCCCAGCUGGAAUGGUAGUCUGGACUGAGGGGGCUGUUUUACAGGACCUGAAAGCAAGGGUGAGAACGCCCCCAGGAGCGUGUUGGCCACUGAUGAUUGUUUUUUUCUGGAGACACACGUACCUGGUGGCUAUGUGUGCGACAGCCUAAGCAGCUCUCUGUUCGUGGAGGGGACAGCUGCCUUCUGAGAUGGCACCUUAGCCCUUAAUUUUAAACCUACUUUAAUCCGUGUUUAUUACACUGCACAAGACAGGAAGGUUUUGGGGGAGGGUGAAAAGCAAGGCAGGUUAAACAAACCCAUAACUAUUUCUGUUUCUUUGUACCCCCUCUCCUUUCCCUUAAGCAGUUUCGUGGUUUGGGAGGGCGCUCUGACAUACCUCUGUGUUCCUGGAUGGAGUUAUGUUUACAGCACAUGGUUCUCUGUUCAUCCAUGCUAAAAUAACUGGGGGAGGGUUUUAAUGAGA